GAGCGAACCAGUCGGAGAGCUCAAGCCAAGGGGGGAUGUGUAAUAAGGAGGAGAAGCGUUGCUAAUUUUUUUUGUUUGUUUGCUUUUCCAUGCAUGCAUAAUGAGGCCGCAUCAGAACACGCUGCUGCCGCCGCCGUCGCCGCGUAGAGAGCACUUUUGUAUUUAAAGCCUCGCGAAAGAAAACAGCUCUCCAAAAGUGUCUGCAAAGAGAGGAGGAGGGAGAGAGAGGGAGGGAGAAACGGCGGAUCGCGGGACUCGGCGGCGAGCGAAGCCGCAUCGGGGGGAAGAAGAAGAGUGGGAACCGCGUUGAGUCCGGCUGCCUCGUUUCUUAUGCUGCCUCCGCUUGCCAUAAAGGGGAAGAGUCUCCGUGCCUCAGCGCGCCUCCGGAGCCCGGCCGGGGCUCAGGGGAAGUUCAGAGCGGCGACUUGGCAUGUGAGGAGAUGCGCUAAGAGCGAAGAAAGAAGAUCGGCAUGAGAAAGAAGGAAGCCACCGCAACGACUCAGCAGGGAGCCCAUCACCCCGCAGCUCCAGGCUUCUUUCGCCGCCUCCCGGCCUCCCCAUCCCGGGAGUGAGGGGCGGAGGCUGUGGGGCUGCUAAAAGGAAAAGGCGCCGCUUUUCUGGGCUUUGUAAAAACCGUCCCCGAAGGGAGAUCCCAGGCCGUGGACGGGCACCGCGCGCAUGGAUUGAUGAGGAAGACCCCCAUGCACACCCUCGGCAGAACUUCCCCAAACUUUUCCACUGCCGGCAGCCGCUGGGCCGCCGCCGCCGCUCUCUCCGCGCCUUCCCCGUUCGCCUCCCGAGCACGAUUGUCCUGCGGCUGCUCGCGAUGGUGGCAGCCUGGCUGGGAGGAGGACGAUGCCUACGGACCGUGCUGCUCCCGCGACCGGCUGCUUUGGGGCUGAGGCUGCUGCUGCUGCUGCUGCUGGGCGCCGCGUCGCCUCCGCCAGGGGUUCACGGCCGGCGCCUGAUCUGCUGGCAGGCGAUGCUGCAGUGCCAGGAAGAGCCGGACUGCGGCUACGCUUACAGCCAGUACUCCGAGGCGUGCGCGCCGGUGCUCAUGGCCGCGGGGGACGGCUUUGCCGCCGCCGCCUCUGCGGCGUCCUCCUCCUCCUCCUCCAAUAGGCGGCGGUGCCCGAGCCACUGCAUUUCGGCGCUCAUCCAGCUCAACAACACCAGGCGGGGCCCGGCGCUGGAGGACUGCGACUGCGACCAGGACGAGAAGUGCCGCGCCACCAAGCGCGCUAUCGAGCCGUGCUUGCCUCGGACGAGCGGCGGCGCGGGCGGCGGCGUGAUCGGCUGUACGGAGGCGCGGCGGCGCUGCGACUGGGACAGCCGGUGCAGCGUGGCGCUCAGCCGCUACAUGGCGUUCUGCGGCAAGCUCUUCAACGGCCUGCGCUGCACCGAGGAGUGCCGGGCCGUCAUCGAGGACAUGCUGGCCAUGCCCAAGGCGCUGCUGCUCAACGACUGCGUGUGCGACGGCCUGGAACGGCCCAUCUGCGAGUCGGUCAAAGAGAACAUGGCUCGCCUGUGCUUCGGAGCCGACGCUCUGGGCCCCGGCAGCAGCGGCGCCUCGGACAGCACCUCCGACGACUACUACGAGGAGGACUACGAGGAGGAGCCUAGCCAGCCCACGAGAAAUUACUUCGACGACGUGGUCGCGGGCGGCGAGGCGGCUUUCCCCAGGAAGCCCGGGGACGGCGGGACAGCCCCCGUGGCUGCCUGGACGCUGCUCUCGGUCGCCUUCAUUCUGCUGCUGCUGCUCUCGUAGCCAUGUCUUGGGAGACGCUCUUGAGGGGCGCUGGGGGCCGCCUGGGCCGUAGCCGAGCUGGGAGAGGGAGGAAAGCUGGGCUGGCCGCUUGGCGUGUGGGGAGGCUCUGCUGGCUGGGCGAGGGCUUCUGAGAGCUUCCCCGGCUCUUUCCUCUCACAGCAGAGCAGAAUAUCUUCCGAGCAACGUGGCCUCUUAGGAAGAGGCAUCCCCUGAAACAGGCCAGUAUCCUUGAGCAUCUUGGCUGGGCUUCCCUAGUUUCAUGGCUGGAGAGAUGCUCAGUGGCGGAAGUCCUCCGAGUUAGCCGCCUCACCUUCUGUGAAUCUUGGCCGGGACCUUGGUUUGCUCUGUGUUCCUAGCUGUGUAAAGAUUUGUCUUCCCUCACUAUGGGCAUUUUCUCUCCUCCCUUCUCUUUUAAAAAUGAUGCCUGAAAGGGAUGCUCCGUUGUGCUACAUUCCCUUUUUAAUUCAUAAAAAGGGAAUCUAGUACAAUUAAAAAGCUGUGGAGUUUGUUACUGGGCCCUUCAUUUAUCCAUGCUUUUCUUUAGAAGUGUGUCCAGUUGAUGUCCAAAAUUAGGACGCUUUGGAAUUCAGCUGUAGGUUUUACAUAUAUUGCACAUGAGAUAUUUUAUGAGAUAAUAAACAGUUUGACUAUGCAUAUCAGGGGUGUAGAUUGUGCAGUGUUUAUUUUGCUGUGUGCACAGACAUCACCACUUGCAGCUGCCCAAUUUGUACAUGUAACUUAAGUGUGGCUACUUUUUUCCCACCCUGUAUGCAUCCAACUAGGAAAAAUACAGUAUGCAUGACAUACCUGUACAUGUGCACUAUGCAAAUUAUUGCCAUUUGGCAAAUGAGUUUAAAGAACACUGUAAGCAGAUUGUCUCAUGGUUAAAGCCACUUGAAAACAAUAAAUGUACCAAUGACUGCCUUUUUUCCAAGCUGUCCACAUGAAGGUAAGAAGGUUUCCCUAGAAUGCUUCCAAAACUGCUGCUUUGCAUAACCAUUCAACAAGUUGAAGUAACUCCUACCACCCACUGUCCUGUAUUAACAUUCACAGAAUUCAUAAUGAUGCUUGACUGAAGAUGCAGUUUUGAUUCUUUUUAAUUGGGUAGGUGUGCAGGCACAGAGGGAAGAGGUGUCAGAGUUGUUUCGAAGAUUCAUAUAUGGUAUGAAGUAUGAUAAUUGCACGUACUUUGUUACAUGUGAUGAUUACACAUACUUCGGUUUUACUUUUGUGGUGCAUAUCCUUGGAAUCUUUAAUUAUCUGUGGCUUCCAAGCUUUGUGGGCAAGUAGUAAGCACAGAUACCGAUACAUAUAUUUCUACAUCCCUGUGAUGAUACACAGGUUCGUUCUAGAUGCCUGUGAUGAUACAUAGGUUCAUUCUGUUUUUCUUUUUUUCCUACAGUAAUGGUUUCUUUUCCUGUUCAGUGUUUGUAGUGGUUCUCACAUCACUUAGAAUUGCAAUACAAAAGUUCACCAGCAAAUCUCUCUUGCCUCAGCCUAGGAGAAAAAAAUGCUGAACUGUUGGCUAUUGAACAAUGCAACCUUUGUCUCAAAAGAGCUCUGCACUGCCAUCUUCAAAAGACACUUUUUAAACUCAAUAUGUAAAAAUAUCCUGAAAAGUUAUAUUGCCUCUAAUCCUAUCAGGGGGCUGACCUCUGGUAAAUUUUAUAUAAAAUGUAUUUAAAACUGGUUUUGUUACCAGCUGUUCUCACUUGUAUAUAGAAUUUUAUAAAUUGUAUACUUUGGGAAUAAUUUAUUUUUUAAGAAAUUAAAGUUUUAAAUAUACCCCACCUGCAAAAAAAAUACAUCUGUUUUUCUUUUAUUGAAAAGAAACAGAUAUAAUUUGGUAUGUUAAGAAUACAAUCAACAGUAAUUCCCUAGAUGAAAUAAAUGUACAGAGCUUUUUUCAAAUAGAUCUGAAGUUAACUUCUGUAUUGUUUGAGGGAUUUAUGAACUUUGUAGAAUUGUAUAAAUGUUUCUCUGAACUUCCUUAAAUGUUGUAUUUUUAUAGAAUGUGUGAAAAGGCCCUAUGUUUUAAAUAUCUAUUGAUUGUGUAUUUUUAUGUGUAAAUUAGUAAAGAGAUUUUU